ACCGGCUACGCGCUCAUUACAUAUUGCGAGAUACAUCGUUCUCCAACGUCCUCUUCCCACCGUCCAUCUUGCUCCCAUCAGCCGUCUUGCGCGCGAACCUCCAAGCUAUGACAGGCAAUAUCUGACAAGACAGCCGCAAUGAUAUGAUGUGGUUAGUCUGGCUUUAGAAGAUAGCCAGCGGCCGACGGCCACUCUCUCUCCGACACCUCUUUCAGCUAUGGUCGCCACGGUCUGGCUCGUCGUCGGUUGCCUACUUCUGCUCGUCCUCUACAUUCGUCUCAACGACGCAAAGCUAGGCCGCGUCGCCCCAGAGGCGGCCGCGUUCUCCCCAAAGCGGUGGGCGCCGGAGGAUGUCCGACGCACGGUGGACGAGCUGGCUGCCUCCCCUACAUCUCUGCUGAGCGCGAAGCUCCCGCCCAAGACCGGAAGACGAUAUAUCAUCACAGGCGGGGCAGGCUUUCUGGGAGGAUGGAUGGUCCUACAUCUACUGGCACGCGGGGAGGACCCCCGACGCAUACGCGUCCUCGACAUCCGCCGGCCCAUUCGUAAGGACCUGCUAGAGGGCGCUGCGACAGAGGUCGAGUUCAUCCAAGUCGAUGUGUCCGACGCGAAGGCGGUGCAAGCUGCGUUCGACAAACCAUGGCCGCUCGCCGUUCCCGGUGAGCCAGAGCCAGAGAUCACCGUGUUUCAUACCGCAGCCACCAUCCGUUUCUUCGAGCGGCACCCCGACCUGCUUCACCUCUCCGAGAAGGUCAACCUGCGCGGGACGCAGAACGUGCUGGACGCGACACGACGCGCCGGUGCCUCCACCUUCGUGUACACCUCGUCUGGCUCCAUCUCCGUGCACAGUAACCGGUUCUUCCUCUGGCCGUGGGAGAAGGAGCCGAAGUACUUCACGCAGCUGGUCAACGACGACGAUGCGAUCAUCCCCAAGCGGCACGAGGACUUCUUCUCCAACUACGCCGUCUCGAAAUGCAACGCGGAGCGUGUCGUCCGUGCAGCGGAUAAGUCGCCCUCGGGCAAGAGCGUGCUGCGCACCGGCUGCAUACGCCCGGGGAACGGGAUCUACGGCCCCGGCGGCGACUUGCUGGUCGGAGUGUAUCUAGUGAAGAAGACGAAUCCCACAUGGAUCCCGAACAUCCUCCAGUCCUUCAUCUACGUCGAGAACUGCUCCCUCGCGCACCUCUGCUACGAGGCGCGACUCAUAGAGAUCCAGAAUGGUGGGAAGAGCCCAGACGUCGGCGGCCAGGCAUUCUGCGUCGCGGAUGCCGGGCCGCCUGCGACGUACGGCGACGUAUACGAUGCCUUAACGCAGUUGUCCAAUGGUGUGUGCGUGUUCCCGAAGCUGUCGUGCACGACUAUGCUUGGCAUUGCGCAGCUGGUUGAGGGAUACGACCUCUUGCGCCAUUUCCUCGCGCAGUCGCCACUCGCGGUGCUCACGAAGCUCAUGCCGCGGCUCGGCGGCGAUAUCACCUUCCUGCAGCCCUCAAUGUUCGCCUUAACCGUUAUCCACCUCAUAUUCGAUGACUCGCGGGCACGCUCAUCGCCGGAGAAAGGUGGACUAGGCUACAACGGGGGCAUCACGACGCUGGAGGGUGUCUGCAAGGUCGUGUUGGAGCACCAGAGGGGGGAUGGCGAAGGAUGGGAGCGUGUGAUCGCGGGCCAUAAGGAAGAAGGGCACGGCUUCGGCCUCGCAAGGGCUGAGAAGGGUGUAGAGGAGGUCAUCGAGAAGGUGGCAAAUACACAAGGGAAUUACGACAAUAUCGUAAGAACCAGCAGAAAUGGCUAG